AUGUUAAAUUCUGUUUCUAAUUCAGGAACAUCUACCCCGAACGUGAUGGAGAAAACAGACUCAGUUGUUAAUUUGACAAAACCUUCUUUAUACGGGAUCUACAAUGAUAACUCCGUACUCAAUUUAAACAAGGAAAGCGAAGAUGUUGAUGAAUAUAUCGAAAAUUCAAAAUUAUACAUAAAUCAGCAAACAAGCAAAGGUGAAUCUUCUGUGUCGAGUGGCCAGAAGAGUUCCAGAAAAACGGAAGUGCCCCUUUUAGUUAGGUGGAUUAAAACAUUUGUUAAAGUAGUGAUAUUAGCGGGGGCUGCAUACUUAUACAAUGAAACUACCAAGCAUAUCCACAAUAACCACAUUCAGGUUAGCAAAUUGACAUACGAACCGUUGUUCAUCACCAAUAUGUUUUUGACAAACUUUGUUCACAAAUUAAAGCCAUUCUCGAGUUUUGGAAAGACAAACACAUAUUCAAUUAGCUGGAUAGACAAUUUCCUCGCAUUGUCAAUCCAAGGAUUAGUUAUGGGCCUCAUACACCCAAUGAUGGAUUGCGUCCUCCCAACGUCCAUGACGAAGAGAUUAUUGUCUUCUGAUCCAAAUGCAAGCGGGUCUAAGGACGCCCACCUAUUCAAUGACUUAGUGAGAGCAUUGGUUACAUUCUUGGGUAUUUCGUAUGCUGUUCGUAAGAUUGAAUGGAGCUCGUCAUUGCAAGUGCUGAUGAUCUGGUCGUUGUUGAACCCUGGAUUGUGGUUAUUGUUAGAUGGUACCAUAAGCGGGUUUUUGUCUAGUUUAUUGAUCGCCACAUUAGCGUGCUUAUCCGUUUACUUGCAAAAUUAUGACUUGGUACUCCAAUACGCAAAUCAAUUCCUUCAGUUGGGCAAAGACGACGAUUUCAUAGCAAUUUGGUUAUACGUUGGAAGCUUUUUCUUUUGCGGUUUGAUCAUUUUUGGUAAACUUGGAAGAGGGUUAUUUGGACAUUAA